UGGUCCUCACUUCCGGUUCCUAGGGGGGCGAAGAGCGCGACUCUAUGAUCCUGCGGCCGCUGAGCGCGACUGUCUCUCCCGCCCGUCCUGGCGGCGCCCGGCUCCUCUCUAUGGUCUCCACUUCCUGCUUCCGGGCGACGUUCUCGCCGGCCUCCCCCGGCAACUCUAUGCUCCGCUCUUAAAGUCCCCCGCACCGCUACGCUCACGGCCGGGGCGGGCGGCGGUUUUUUGUCCUCCGACGGGCGGGGGCCGGAAGAUGGCGCAGGCUCUGUCGGCGGAGGAGUUCCAGCGGCUGCAGGCGCAGCUGCUGGAGCUUCGCACCCAGAACUACCAGCUGUCGGACGAGCUGCGGAAAACCGGCGCCGAACUGACCGGGCUCCGGCAGCGUGUGGCCUUUCUGGAUAAGGAGCUCGCCAAGGCUCAGAAGGCUCUGGGGAAAAGCAAGAAAGCUCAGGAGGUGGAGGCGCUGCUGAGCGAGAACGAGAUGCUGCAGAGCAAAUUGCAGAGCCAGGACGAGGAUUUCCGGCUCCAGAACAGCAGCCUCCUGCAGGAGCUGGGCAAGCUCUGCUCCCAGGUCGAGCAGCUGGAGACGGACAAUAAGCGGAUGCAGGGGGGGGGCCCCGUGUCGGACGGGCCCCCGCCCCCCGGGCCCCCACCCCCCGAGCUCCUGCGGCUGCAGGCCGAGAACACGGCGCUGCAACGGAACGUGGCAGCCCUGCAGGAGCGCUUGGAGAAGGAGGCGGCCCGGCAGGCCGAGGGGCAGGGGGCCGCCCCCCAAGCUCCGGGCCCCGCUGGGGAGGCCGGGGCCGGGGCCGGGCCCUGCCAGCCGCUGCCCGCGGAGCGGGAGCUGAAGUGGGCGACCGAGCGGGAGGAGAAGAAGCUGCUGACGCAGCAGCUGCAGGGCCUGGAGGCGGCCAAGCAGGCCGAGAUCUCCCGGCUUCAGGACGAGCUGAAUAAGCUCAAUGAGAAACUGAAGAAAAAGCAAGAGAGUUUCCGGCGGCUGCAGGCGGAGAAGGAGGCUCUGUACAACGACAGCAGGACCAAGCUGGCCGAGGUCCAGCAGCAGAAAGCCGAGGAGCUGACAUCGCUGCAGCUUUGCAACCAGAAACUGCACCAGGAGCUGCAGGCAGCCGUGGAGAGCGCCGCGCAGGUGCGGGAGCAGCUGCAGAGCCGCCAGAGGGAGCACGCGGACGCCCUUCACGCCCUGCAGGAGCAGGCGGCCUGCCAGAGCGCGCAGACCCAGGAGAACGUAGAGACGAUUCUCUCUGAGAACGAGGCCCUGAGAACCAAUCUAGCGGCGCUCGAGCAGAUCCAGACGUCGAAGACCCAGGAGCUGAACCUGCUGCGGGAGCAGAGCGCGGCGCUCGGCCUGGAGCUGCAGCAGAGGCAGAGCGAGAAGGAGGCGCUGGCCGGGCAGCGGGACGACCUCGACACCCAGCUACAGGAAUCCAUCCGAGCCAACAGCCGCCUCCUGGAGCAACUGCAGGCCCUGGCCCAGGAGAAGGAGAAGCUGGUUGUGGAGCUGGAAGAGGCCAGGAAGAGCGCAGAGAAGCGCAAGUCCCUGCUGGACGCGCUGGCGGUGGAGACGCAGCAGGAGAAGAGCCGCCACCAGGAGGCGCUGGCUGCGCUGCGGGUGCAGCACGACAAGGAGGUGCUGAGCGUCCGGGCGCAGUACGAGCGGGAGCUGCGCCAGGUGCACGAGGAGAAGAAACGCCACGAGGAGGCGCUGCGGGGGCAGCUCAAGGAGGAGAAGGCCCGCACCCGGGAGCUGGAGAGCUCGCAGCAGACGGUGGAGGAGCUGCGCCUGCAAAUCCAGUCCAUGGACGGGGCCAAAGGCUGGUUCGAGCGGCGGCUCAAGGAAGCGGAGGAGCUGAUUGAAAAGCACCAACGGGACCAUGAAGAGGCGCUUCGAGUGUGCAAGGAGCAGCACGCGGCCGAGCUGAAGCUAAAGGACCAGGAGGUGGAUGCUGCCAGGGAGCAGCUGCGGGCGGCCGAGAGCUCCCGGGACGAGCACGUGGGCACGAUCAGCCGCCUCCGACAGGAGGUGAAGGACACGGUGGACGGCCAGCGCAUCCUGGAGAAGAAAGGCAGCGCUGCACUCAAAGACUUGAAGCGGCAGCUGCAGGUGGAGCGGAAGCGGGCGGACAAGCUGCAGGAGCGGCUGCAGGAGAUCCUGACCAAUAGCAAGACGCGGACGGGGCUCGAGGAGCUGGUUCUGGCCGAGAUGAGCUCCCCCAGCCGGGCGCAGACGGGCGACAGCAGCAGCAUCUCGUCCUUCAGCUACCGGGAGGCCAUGAAGGAGGGGUCUGGGCCCGGCAGCACCAAGUCCAACACGGGGAGCCCCCAGUCCCAGCGCCCCGCGGACCUGUCGGACGAGGAGAUCUCGGAGCUGUUCCAGCGCCUGGCGGAGACGCAGCAGGAGAAGUGGAUGCUGGAGGAAAAGGUGAAGCACCUGGAGGUGAGCAGCUCCUCGAUGGCGGCGGAUCUGUGCCGGAAAAGCGCCAUUAUCGAGACCUACGUCAUGGACAGUCGCAUUGACGUCUCGGCCCCCCACGGGCCCCUGGAGCGCGGCGGCCUGGGCAGCGUCCUGCGGGACCUGGUGAAGCCGGGGGACGAGAACCUGCGGGAGAUGAACAAGAAGCUGCAGAACCUGCUGGAGGAGCAGCUCACCAAGAACAUGCACCUGCAGAAGCACCUGGAGCUCCUGUCCCAGGAGAUCGUGCGGCUGAGCAAGGAGUGCGCCCCCCUCCCCCCGCCCGCCCCCAACGGCGCCGACCCCCCCUGACAGCCCCGGGGCGCCGCGCCAGGGGGCGGGGCCUGCCUCUUCCCAGGGCCCCCCAUGCUCCUGCUUCAACCGCUGCCCCCCCGGUUCCCCCCGUGGACAUUACGUGGGGGGUGGGAACUAUAACCCCUCGGCAGCCUCUGCCCCCCAGCCCUGCCCCCGCCCCUCCCAUCCCCCCAGCUCUGCUAAUGGGUAAUUACAACCCCCCAGCCCCUCCCAUCCCCCCA